GCAAUUACGAAGCGGAAGCUGCAUUUUAUGUGUGCUGCGCCAAAAGCGUUUACCCAAUUCAAAAUGGGCUCAGAAAGGUGGUCUUCUGAGAAUAAUAUUACAUUCAUGAAUCUCUACAGAGAACAAGAAAACCUAUGGAAUUGUUUUUGAUAAAAAUUAUAAAAAUAGAGAUAUGAGAAAAGCAUCUUUGGAAUACAUUGCAAACGAAAUGAGUCUAGUUAACACCAGUGAGGUAACUAAGAAAAUAAAAAAAUUACGAUCUACCUAUAACCAAGAACGCGCGAAAAUCGAAAAAAGUAAAAAGAGUGGAUCUGGGUCGGAAGAUGUUUACAAGUCUUCCUUAAAAUGGUUCGAUAUAAUGGAUUAUAUAAUGAAAACAAUUAAUUUGAAAGAAAAGGAAACAACAAGCAAUCUGGUGACAGCACCCUCAUUACAAAAAAAAAUGUAUUUUUCUCUCAAUUUUUCAGCUGCGAUCUUUGAUCUGUUAUUGAUCCGCGAACAGGCGAUACUUGGUAACGCAUUUAUUUCUGAUCUCCACGUUCCUAGCCUAACGAUACACCGUCGGGGUCCAAUUUUGGAAGAUGAUGUUAGUCGGGACAUUGAUGAUAAAACUGUUAAUAAAUCAAUCGAAUCCAGCGACACCUCGUUGAUCAAAAAUAAAAAUCCAGUUCAAGUUAAAAAUAAAUUAAAGCAUAACAUUACCCAAGAAACGAGUGGAAUUGCAGCAGUUAUUAAUGAGCUUAAACAACUGAAUAGUACUAUACAAACUUCUAGUUGUUCUCAGCAAUGUGAUGAGUACGAUGUUAUUGGAAAACAUGUCGCUAUUCAACUGAGACAGCUCCCAUUACUCGAUUUUAUAGACGCCAAAGAUGAAAUCCAACAAGUACUUUCCCGAUACCGAAAAAAAGCUAUAUAUGCCCGAAACACAUCUGCGUUUUCCUCAUAUAAUACAUCGUCGCCACCGUCCUACAUAUCGCUGACAUCACCAGGAUCCAGUGUACUAAGUGAUUCAUUCCCAGAACCUGUCCCAAUAUCUGAUCGGCCCGCAGAAACAGUUUCUCGGCAGCCAGUUCAAACAGUUGUUGGACAACCAUCAAGUGCAUCAUACGAGGCUAUCCACUUUAGUGAUCCACUAGUCAGAGCAAUGAUAGAUGCUAAUAUGAACAAUAUGCAAUAACUUUUAUCCUCUGUGUUACUUUUGUGUUAAUUUUGUAUGACUUGGUUUGUCUUUAAUAAAUGAAUGAAUGUAUGUAUGAUCCACACA